AUGACAGAAAAAAAUACAGGAGAGAUAUUGGAAAAGAAUCAAUGCUUUUCAUGCAAACUUACAAGCAUACUAACUUUUGGUAUCCUUGGAAUAUAUAUUUUGUAUCAAGGGCGAAAAAAAUAUAGACAUUGUAAAUUAUUCAUAAAAUCGGGAUGUUUUCAAAAUUUAAAUCUAUUAUUGAAAAAAAAAAAAAUACAAAUAUGCUCUUUUGUGUCCUGGGAUAUUAGAAACUAA